GUCGGUUGGAUGACUCGUCAAUUGCUCGUUGUCUCCUAACGAAAAUUGCAACAAGCUUUCUUAUAAGAUGUCUCGUGCUUCCAAAUUGACACUGGCCGCGACCGGCCUUGGUACGGCGGGGAUCAUCUGCUUUGUGCACUGGGCCCAAGAACAAGAGAAAGUGGGAAUGCACAAGGCAGUCGAACAGGAUAUGGAGAAACAGCGCAUCCGAAGGGAGCGACAGGCCGAGUUCGAGAUGCAAAGGGCGCUGGAAGAGGAGUAUCGGAAGUUACAAACGGUCUCUCCCAGUGUUGACGAAACGAGUGGAGGGCAAACACAUCAAGGGCAAAAAUCGUGAUGACUAUAUACUACGGCCUUUGCAGAUCAUGGACUUGUACCUGGUAUGCUCGUUUCCCUUGUGACGAAGUUCUUCAUAACGACUCUGCAGGUAUACUUGUCCGCAUGAGAUGCGAUGGCUAUAUGCUUGUAGAAUAUGCCCAAAUGUACAGUAACUGAGAUCAAGAUAUUAUACACCCAGCUCCGUAUACUUCAGCCUUUGUUUGAUGUAUCCAAGCCAGUCGUAGUGCCAAGCUAAGGACAAUAACGGCGCUACUACGGAAUAAGGGAACAAAAUGGAG